AAAGUACAUUGCAAUGAUUGAAGAGCGUUGUUCCUUGGUGAUUUUCUAUAUAAUAUGUCAUUUAUGUGCACAUACAAUUGUUGCAAUUUCUUUUUUACCUUGUUGUACUUAAAAGCAAAAUUUAUUGCAACCAUAGACUCUUUUGCGCUGGUUUCAGCAAGCUUGAGAUUUUGCUUCUUGAGCUCUACGUUGAAACUACUACGUAGAGCCUUACGCAUACUAUCUUCGGUUUUGAAAUCAUGGUCAAGGAACAAGUACAGUGGUUACAUUAAGUGUCCCAUAAAACUCAUUUGUAAGCAUGAAUUAAUAUAUUUUCGUCGUAUUGACCUUGGAUUAGUAUCAGAAAAAGCGCAUUUUUUUGCUGGUUACUUCAAUUUUUCUAUUUAGUAAGAGAUACCACUUUUGGACAACUUACGUAAAAAAAAUUUCCUGCAAAACUUGAAUACCUUAUUUUCUUUAGCGAAUAAGCAUCCUCAAUCGUGGGUUUUCCACAUUCUUUGGCAAAUUCUAGCACAACCUAUCC